AUGCAAAGACGUCCCCGACGGCGCAAAAACGUUCCCAAAGGCGCAAAAACAUUCCCGAAGACGGAAAAACGUUCCCUAAGACGCAAAAACGUCCCCGAAGACGCAAAUACGUUCCCGAAGACGCAAAUACGUUCCCUAAGAUUCAAGAACGUUCCCGAAGACGCAAAAACGGUCCCGAAGACGCAAAAACCUUCCCAAACAGGCAAAAACCUUCCCGAAGUCGCAAAAACGUUCCCGAAGGUGCAAGAACGUUCCCGAAGACGCACAAACGUUCCCGAAGACGCAAAAUCGUCCCCAAAGACGCAAAAACGUUCCCGAUUACGCAAAAACGUUCCCAAAGGUGCAAGAACUUUCCCGAAGACGGACGAACGUUCCCAAAGACGCAAAAACGUUCCCGAUUACGCAAAAACGUUCCCAAAGGUACGCAAAAACGUCCCCGAAGACCCAAAUACGUUCCCGAAGACGCAAAUACGUUCCCAAAGUCGCAAAAACGUUCCCGAAUAUGCAAGAACUUUCCCUAAAAAGCAAAAACGUUCCCGAAUACGUAAAACCGUAUCCGAAGAUGCAAAAACGUUCCCGAAGUCUCAAAAAUGUUUCCAAAGACGCCAAAACAUUCCCAAAGGGGCAAAAACCUUCCGAAAAGCGCAAACACAUUCCCGAAGACAGAAAAACGUUCCCGAAGUCUCAAAAAUUUUCCCGAAGACCCAAAUACGUUCCCUAAGACGCAAAAACGUUCACAAAGGCGCAAAAACAUUCCCGAAGACGGAAAAACCUUCCCUAAAACGCAAAAACGUCCCCGUUGACCCAAAUACGUUCCCGAAGACGCAAAUACGUUCCCUAAGAGGCAAACACGUUCACAAAGGCGCAAAUACAUUCCCGAAGACGGAAAAACGUUCCCUAAAACGCAAAAACGUCCUCGUUGACCCAAAUACGUUCACGAAGACGCAAAUACGUUCCCAAACACGCAAAAACCUUCCCGAAGACACAAAUACGUUCCCGAUUACGCAAAAACUUUCCCGAAGGUGCAAGAACGUUCCUGAAGACGCACGAACGUUCCCGAAGACGGAAAAAGGUUCCAGAAGACGCAAGAACGUUCCCGAAGUCGGAAGAAGAUUCCAGAAUAGGCAAGAACGUUCCAGAAGACGCAAAAACUUUCCCAAAGUCGAAAAACGUUCCCAAAUAAGCAUAAACGUUCCCGAAGACGGAAAAACGUCCCCGACGACGCAAAUAUGUUCCCAAAGGCGCAAAAACAUUCCCGAAGGCGGGAAAACGUUCCCUAAGACGCAAAAACGUCCCCAAAGAUGCAAAUACGUUCCCGAAGUCGAGAAAACUUUCCCUAAGAAGCAAAAACGUUCCCGAAUACGUAAAAACGUUCUCGAAGAUGCAAAAACGAUCCGGAAGUCUCAAAAACGUUCCCAAAGACGCACAAAUGUUCCCGAAGACGCAAAGACCUUCCCAAACACCCAAAAACGUUCUCGAUUACGCAAAAACGUUCCCGAAGUUGCAAGAACGUUCCCGAAGACGCAAGAACGUUCCUGA